AUGUGUGAAGAGGAGUCGGUGACCUUUGAGGAUGUGGCUGUGAACUUCACUCGAGGGGAGUGGGCUUUAUUGAAUCCUUCCCAGAAGAAUCUGUACAGAGAUGUGAUGCGGGAAACCUUGAUGAAUCUGUCCUUUGUAGGAAUAAAAUGGGAAGACCAGGACAUUGAAGAUCGAUACAAAAAUCCAAGGAGAAAUCUAAGACGUUAUAUGGCAGAGAAACUCCACGAAAGUAAAGAAGGGCGUCAACGUGGAGAAGCCUCGAGCCAGAUUCUGGAGCAUGUUCUGAACAAGAAAACUCCUCCUGCAGUAAAAGCAUGUGAAAGCAGUGUGUAUGGAGAGGUCGCCAUGGGCCAUUCAUUUCACAUGAGAGAUCACAAUAAACGUGAACUACAUGUGCAUCAGGAAUUCACAGGGAAGCCAUAUACACGUAGCCAAUGUGAGAAAGCCUUCGGUGAUCACUCUUUCCCAACACAUGAAAGUCCUCACACUCAUGCUAGACAGAAACCCUAUGAUUGUAAGGAAUGUAGGAAAACCUUUAUUUCUCCCAAAACCCUUCGAACACACAUGAUAACACACACUGGAGAUGGACCUCAUAAAUGUAAGUUUUGUAGGAAAGGCUUUGCUUAUCCCAGUUUGUUAUGUAUACAUGAAAGAAGUCACACUGGGGAGAAACCCUAUGAAUGCAAGCAAUGUGGGAAAGCCUUCAGGUAUUCCUAUUACAUUGAAAUACAUAAAAGAAUUCACACUGGAGAGAAACCCUAUAAAUGUAAAAUAUGUGGUAAAGCCUUUAUUUAUCCUGUUCAAAGUCAUGAAAAGACUCACAAUAGAGAGAAUCUGUACGAAUGUAAGCAAUGUGGGAAAGCCUUCUCUCUCAUAAGUUUGCGAAGACACAUGAUAAUGCACACUGGAGAGGGACGCUACAAAUGUAAGGUAUGUGGGAAGGCCUUUGAUUACCCCAGUGAAGUUCGAAUACACGAAAGAAUACACACUGGAGAGAAACCCUAUCAGUGUAAGCAGUGUGGGAAAGCCUUCAGUUGUUCCAGUACCUUUCGAAAACAUGAACAGAUUCACACUGGAGAGAAACCCUAUAAAUGUACGAAAUGUGAGAAAGCCUUUAGAUCUCGCAGUUCUGUUAGAAAUCAUGAAAUGACACACACUGGAAAGAAACCCUAUGAAUGCAAGGAAUGUGGGAAAAUGUUUAUUUGUGCCACAAGCCUUCGAAGACACGUGAUAAUGCACACUGGAAAUGGAGCUUACAAGUGUAAGGUGUGCGGGAAGGCCUUUGCUUUUCCCAGUUCAUUUCAUAGACAUGAAAGAAGUCACACAGGAGAGAAAGCCUAUGAAUGUAAGCAAUGUGGUAAAACCUUCCGUCGUUCCGGUUCCUUUCGAAUACACGAAAGAAAACAUACUGGAGAGAAGCUGUAG